AUCCCCCAGCCAACCAUUCUCCCCCUCUGGGGCCAGAUCAGAGCCCGUGCCCCCUAGGGGGGGAAAAGCAUCCAGUCCCCCAACCUCCCUUAGGGCCGAAAUUUACAAGGCCAAACCAGACUCUUGUUAGCCUUAUCUUCCCAUCCACAUCUCCGUCAGGGGAUUUGAUUUUGGGCUCCCCUGCUCCUCAGCCCUCUCGGGGGAGGGAGCCAACAGAAGCGGUAGCGUCCCCAGGCGUUUGCAUCCCUGCUGAUCCACAGGAGAUACGACCCCUGCUCAAAAGCAAUGGCUAAAUCCAUUGCAGUUUGUGGACGGGCUGCAAUUUUUGGCUUUCAGACACUGCUGGGCAACAGCCCCUGCUAAAAGCCGGACGCUUCCCUUUGGGGGAGCUUGUCUGUUGAUCUUAGAGUGCAUUAAAACAAACGGUUGAUUUCUAGGAUGUUUAGAUCUAAAUUUAGAGGGGCAGCCUCAAUCUGAUCAAUUUCAGGGCUUGCCUGGCCAGGAGGAAAUUGACCAGGUCGCUCCCCCCAUGCUCUGUAGCUCAGUUGUAUGGGAAUUGCUCUGCAGGUCAGUUUCACCCUGGCAUAGCCUGGUCUCAGAAGGAUCCAAGUCAUUUCCAGGUGCACCACGUACUCCCACUCCCCCUAGUUGGUGGCUGUACAGUUAUAGGAUUAAUUAUGGGUUUUCCUCAUGCCAGUCAGAGAGCAGGGCCCUGCUGUGCCAGGUGCUGUACAGAGCAGGCAGUUUUACAAGCGGAUUGUGGGGGCGCUUGUGGGCAAGGCAGGGGAUUGGGACGCCAGAGAGCCCCAUUCUGCCACAGACUCCCUUUGCCCCCUUGCUCGCUGUGAUUGUUUCAGGGGCGCCGAGGUCUUCAGUGGGAUAUGGAGGGCUUGGGCUCUCCCUAGAUCAUUGGGUUUAUCGCCAGUCUCACGAGAAAAGCGGUGACCGCUGCCCAUCUGACGGGAGACAAGCAAGCAGCGUUGGAGCUUUCUGAAGCAUGAGGAGAGCCCCCCGCCAGUGACCGAAACAUGGCUGACAAGAGGAAAUUGCAAGGUGAGAUCGAUCGGUGUCUGAAGAAGGUCUCCGAGGGGGUGGAGCAGUUUGAGGAUAUUUGGCAGAAGCUCCAUAAUGCAGCCAAUGCCAACCAGAAGGAGAAGUAUGAAGCCGACCUGAAGAAGGAGAUCAAGAAGCUCCAGAGGCUGAGGGACCAGAUCAAGACGUGGGUGGCUUCAAAUGAGAUCAAAGACAAGAGGCAGCUGAUAGACAACCGGAAACUCAUUGAGACGCAAAUGGAGCGGUUCAAGGUGGUGGAGCGGGAGACCAAGACCAAAGCCUACUCCAAGGAGGGGUUGGGCCUGGCACAGAAAGUCGACCCUGCCCAGAAGGAGAAGGAAGAGGUUGGCCAGUGGUUAACGAACACCAUCGACACGCUGAACAUGCAGGUGGAUCAGUUUGAGAGCGAGGUGGAGUCACUCUCUGUGCAGACACGCAAGAAGAAGGGGGACAAGGAUAAGCAGGACCGGAUCGAGGGGCUGAAGCGGCACAUCGAAAAGCACCGGUACCACAUCCGCAUGCUGGAGACCAUCCUCCGCAUGCUGGACAACGACUCCAUCCAGGUGGACUCGAUCCGCAAGAUCAAGGACGACGUGGAGUAUUACGUGGACUCCUCGCAGGACCCCGACUUCGAGGAGAACGAGUUUCUCUACGACGACCUCGACCUAGAAGACAUUCCGCAGGCUCUGGUAGCCACCUCCCCGCCCAGCCACAGCCACCUGGAGGACGAGAUCUUCAACCAGUCCAGCAGCACUCCCACCUCCACCACCUCCAGCUCGCCCAUUCCGCCCAGCCCUGCCAACUGCACGACGGAGAAUUCGGAAGAUGACAAGAAGAGGGGGCGGUCGACGGACAGCGAGGUCAGUCAGUCUCCCGCGAAGAACGGUUCGAAAAGCGUCCACAACAACCACCCCCCGCCCUCGCCGGCCGUCACACCCAGCUACCAGUUGGGCAGCAGCUCCAGCACCUCGUCCUCGCUGGGCAACGGCCCGGGCUCCAGCAGCAACGGAGCCGUGUCCAACAGCAGCGGGAGCGGGGGCGCCGGGGCCAAGGCCAUCCCGGCCGCCGGCCACACGCCCAGCACCCCUACCCCCUACGCCCAGGCCGUCGCGCCCCCGCCCCCCGGUGCCAACGCCUCGCAGCCCCGACCUCCCAGCGCCCAGCAGAACGCCAGCAAGCAGAACGGGGCCACCAGUUACAGCUCCGUGGUGGCUGACAGCACGUCUGACUCCGUUCUCGGCAGCAGCGGCCCAGCGCUCCCCAGCCAGCCGGUGGCCCACAACCCACCCAGCAGCGCUGCGAAAGAGCCCAGCGGAGUCCCCGCGCCCCCCAGUGCCAGCUCUGGCCUCCUGGUCCCCAUGACGGUGAAUACCCCGAGCUCCCCGACCCCUUCCUUCUCCGAGGCCAAGCCGAGCCAGCCGCUGCUCAACGGCCCGCCCCAGUUCAGCUCCACGCCAGAAAUCAAGGCGCCCGAGCCCCUGAGCAGCUUGAAAUCCAUGGCAGAGCGAGCAGCCAUCGGAUCCAGUAUAGAGGACCCAGUGCCAUCUCUCCACCUGGCUGAAAGGGCAGACAUUUUAAUUAGUAGCACGACCUCGCAGCCGCCCUCCAGCCAGCCGCCUAUCCAGCUGUCGGAGGUGAACAUCCCUCUCUCCCUGGGGGUCUGCCCCCUGGGACCGGUGCCCCUCACCAAGGAGCAGCUCUACCAGCAGGCCAUGGAGGAGGCAGCCUGGCACCACAUGCCUCACCCCUCGGACUCAGAGAGGAUCCGGCAGUACCUGCCCCGGAACCCCUGCCCGACCCCCCCUUACCACCACCAGAUGCCUCCACUGCACUCAGACACCGUGGAGUUCUACCAGCGGCUCUCAACGGAGACGCUCUUCUUCAUCUUCUACUAUCUGGAGGUACAGAAGGGCCCCCUCUGCAGGCUAGAGCGCUCUAUAGUCCCGCCCUGUCUGGCCGCCGCUGCCGCCUUUCCCUCGGGCAGGAGGGGCGAGGGUACCAAGGCGCAGUACCUGGCGGCCAAAGCCCUCAAGAAGCAGUCGUGGAGGUUCCACACCAAGUACAUGAUGUGGUUCCAGCGGCACGAGGAGCCCAAGACCAUCACGGAUGAGUUUGAGCAGGGCACGUACAUCUACUUCGACUAUGAGAAAUGGGGCCAGCGGAAGAAGGAAGGGUUUACUUUCGAGUACCGCUAUCUAGAAGACCGCGACCUGCAGUGACGCCUGCUCAGCCCCCAGGGGGCGCCAGCCUUCCAGAGUCACGCGGGCGGGACAUUGGGGCAUGGGGGGGACGAGAGGCCAAGCUCACCUCCCCCACCCCCAUUCCACCUCACCACCCCCAGGCGGGGCCCCCUCCAGCCAUCCGAACCCUUUAAAUGCAUGCAGUUUUAAAA